AGAAUCCUUUACAGUUGCUGAGGUGUUAACAGUGUUGGUCAUUGUCUGCUCAUCAUCAACCAAUCAUGCGGUCUGCUCAGAUCCUUCUCCUGCUGUGCAUCCUGGGAGCAGCCCUGUGGUCCGCAGCGUUGGCCAACAAUGGAAAUGGUCCUGAAGAAUGCUGUUUCAAGUAUUACACAAGAAAACUCCCUGGACAAUUAAUCAGGGAAUAUGAAAUGACCAGAUCUGACUGCCCUAAGAGGGGAGUCAUCUUGGUCACAAGAAAGAGCUACCGCCUCUGUGCCAAUCCAGAUGAUCCUUCGAUUGAGAAUAUCAUGAAGUCCAUCGAUGACAGGAAAUUCCAGUAACCACUUCCUGGAAGAAGGCUGAAAUCUAAACAUGUCAUCUCCUGCUCCUAUUUCAUUUUCAGCUCUGUGUUAAGUAGCUGUUUUACAUGUAGUGACAAAAAGUGUCAAAUGAUAUCCUAGCAAUCAUGAUGAUCAUUUAGUAUAUGUAUAACACAUGUAUCAGAUGUAAUGAUCAUGUUAUGUAUCAUGUUGUGUAUCACUCAACAAAAGGGUUUACCAAGGAACACUUCCAAAAGGACUAAUAUGAGUCUGAAUGGAGUUGGAGCACUCCACAAAAAAGGCAGAGAUUAAUUUCUAAUUUGGAUGAGUACAGGUGACUGACGUUUCAAUGUCAAGCUGACGUCUUCCUCAGAGUGACCUGACAAUUGCACUUUACUCCUAUUUAUAGCCUAGUGGCUUACUGAGACACAUCAAUG